AUGCGAUCAAUCCUCUCAACUAUCGCCCUAGGUGUCUCAUGGGCGUCAUUUGUGGUAGCCUCUAGACCGAAUGUCCCUAGGGCUCCAGCGAUUACAGCUGAAGCUCAAAUCCAACAAUAUGCAACUGGAUGGUUUGAUCAGCUCCUGGAUCACGAUAAACCAGCGCUAGGUACCUUUAAGCAGCGUUACUUUUGGAGUACAGAGUACUGGAAGGGGCCUGGAUCUCCGGUCAUCUUGUUCCAACCAGGAGAGCAAACCGCCGAAGGCUUUCAGGGGUAUCUAUUCAACAAGACAAUUACUGGCGUUUAUGCACAGGAAUUUGGUGGUGCUGGACUUAUUCUCGAGCACCGCUACUGGGGCGAAUCCUCUCCAGUUGACACAUUGACACCCAAGACGAUGCAGCAACUCACUUUUAAAAACGCUCUUGCUGACGCCGUCUACUUCGCAAAGAAUGUCGAGCUUCCAUUCGACAAUUCUACCAAGAGUAGCCCUCAAAAUGCGCCAUGGAUUCUUGCCGGUGGCUCGUACAGUGGAGCUCAAGCCGGUUGGACCGCAGCCACUUUGCCUGGGACCUUUUGGGCUUACCAUGCAUCCAGUGCACCUGUGGAGGCAAUCUGGGACUAUUGGCAAUACUUUGUUCCUAUUCAGGAGCGGCUACCACAUAACUGUAGCACGGAUCUAGUCAAGGUUAUUAAUCACAUCGACUCAAUCCUGGGCGGACCAAAUGAAAAGGCCAAAGAUGCCCUCAAGAACAAGUUCAUGCUUGGAGAUCUUAGAGAUGAUGACUUUGCUGCAGCAAUUAUGGCAGGUCCGUUCACCGGGCAGACGACUAGUUGGACACAGGCCGGGGCUACCUAUGAAUUCUGUGACUAUAUUGAGAACGUCCAUGCCACUCCUCCAGCCAAGGCCGGUCCCGGUGGCGUCGGCCCCAUCAAAGGUCUGGAAGGAUAUGCCCAAUGGUGGACUACUUCAUAUUUCCCUGGAGCUUGCGCCGGUUACGGCUACUGGACGGAUCAACACGAAACAGCUUGUUUCGACACUUAUAACAGCUCAAACCCACUCUAUUCCGAUAAAACAAUUGGCAAUGCCGCAGAUCGUCAGUGGAUGUGGUUCUGUUGUAACGAACCAUUUGGUUCUUGGCAAGAUGCUGCCCCCAAAGGAGUUCCAUCCAUUGUCUCCCACUUGGUAACAGCGGACUACCUUUUCCGAACAUGCGGAACAUUCUUCCAGCCGGACGAUGGAUACACGUAUGCCAGCGCUAACGGCAAGCGCUCUGAUUCCUUGAACGCUUGGACAAAGGGCUGGACCGGAACCACUGAGCGUGUGAUUUGGGCCCAAGGACAAUACGACCCCUGGCGCGAAGAAACUAUCUCAUCAGACUUCCGUCCCGGCGGUCCAGCAACUUCUACCGAGCCCAAUCCCAUCUUUGUCAUGCCCGAAGCCAGCCAUUGCUAUGAUCUUCUAUGGAGAAACGGCGAUGCGAAUGCUGGUAUUCGCGAUGUCCAGAACAAAGAAAUCGCCCAAAUGAAGGUUUGGGUUGACGAGUGGUAUGCUAAGAAUGCUCUGCGAAUAUCGCCAUCAUUAGUUUCAGUCACCUAUUAUCACAAGCCGUUCCUUUGA